UUUUGUGUAUCACUUCCGCUUGUAGCUAGAUUUCCUGCUGCAGAUCUACAGUAGUGACUGCUUGCAAUAUAAUUGGAAUAAACAACAAAAUCGUCGGAUACAAAACACGGAGGGAUGGGGAAAAAACACAAGAAACAUAAGCCGGAGUGGAGAACAGUUGAAGACUGUGAAGACAAGGCUCUUGAGAAGCCCCUGAAGCUUGUGCUCAAAGUUGGAGGAAGUGAGGUGACAGAGCUCUCUGGUUCGGGCCAUGACUCCAGCUUCUACGAUGACAGAUCAGACCAUGAGCGGGAACGGCACAAAGAGAAAAAGAAGAAGAAGAAGAAAAAGUCGGAAAAGGAUAAAGACAAAUAUGUGGAUGAUGAAGAGAGAAGACGGCGAAAGGAGGAAAAGAGGAAGAAGAGAGAGCGAGAGCAGAACGAAUCAGAGGCUGCAGCUUCUACUGCUGCCAGCAGCGUGGGUGUGCCUGUUGAACCUUUCACAUUGCCAAAAAGCAUCAGUAUUGGACUAGAGCCCGAGGAGAAGAAAAAAAAGAAAGAGCGAGAACGAGAGAGAGAGAGAGAUAGAGAGUUUGAGCUUGAGGACGAAAUGGAUGAGUUCAACCCCCAUUUGAAGAUGGAAGGAGAUCCGCUAGGAGACAGGCCGGUCCGAUCAUGCAGGACACAACAAGAGAGUGAAUCCACUCCUCGUCAACAACUGCUGGAACACUUUCUAAGGCAGUUGCAGAGGAAAGACCCCCAUGGAUUCUUCUCAUUUCCAGUAACAGAUGCGAUUGCUCCCGGUUACUCAAUGAUCAUCAAACAUCCUAUGGACUUCAGCACCAUGAAAGACAAGAUUAUGAACAACGAUUACAACACAGUUACAGAAUUUAAGGGGGAUUUCAAACUGAUGUGUGACAACGCCAUGGUGUACAAUCGACCAGAGACCGUCUAUUACAAGGCUGCCAAGAAGCUGCUACAUACAGGAUUCAAGAUGAUGAGCAAGGAACGGCUGCUGGCUCUGAAACGCAGCAUGUCCUUUAUGCAGGAAAUGGACUAUACCCAGCAGGCAGCCAUUUUGGGAGAUGAAGAUCUUGAAGCUGAUUUACCUCCUCCAGAAAUAAUCCCCAGCCCAGUGGAAUCAGCUAAGAAGUCCAAGAAACAACCAGUCAAGGACAUGAAGGAAGUCAUCAGUUACCUGUUUGAACCGGAGGGAAACGCUUGCAGCUUGACUGACAGUACAGCAGAGGAGCACGUCCUGGCGCUCGUUGAGCAUUCGGCAGAUGAAGCUCGGGAUAGGAUCAACAGAUACAUGCCCAACUCCAAGAUGGGCUAUUUGCGUAAAGAAGCAGACAGUUCUCUUCUUUAUACGGUUGUAAAUCAGCUUGAUGCUGAAGCAGAAGAAGAGGAGACUCAUAAAGUGGACCUGAGCUCUUUGUCAAAUAAGCUUCUGCCUGGAUUAACAACUUUGGGUUUCAAAGAUGACAGGAGACACAAAGUAACUUUUCUGAGCAGUGCCUACAACGUCCAGACCCUUCAGAAGAACUCCAUCUAUCCAGACCUGCAACCUGAUGAGGUGGACAUGCUUUAUUCAGCCUAUGGCGAUGACACAGGAGUACAAUGUGCUCUCAGCAUACAGGAGUUUGUCAAGGGCUGCAGUGGUGUCACGCAGCAUUGGGUCGACAAGCUUCUGGACAAGAUGACUGCAGACGAUCACACUAAAGCUGUCAGUCAAAUCCGACAGAAACGAAACAUCAUGCUUAAACCCGAUGAAACCAAAUCCAACAUCUGUGACAUGCAGAUGGCAGACGGCACCGGCCUGGGAGACAGCAGCUCAGUCCUGGACUUCAUGUCAAUGAAGAACUACCCUGAUAUGUCUCUGGAUAUAUCCAUGCUGAACUCAUUAGGUAAAACUGUUAAAAAGGAGCCGUGCACUGAGGAUGGCCAGCAGCAAUUUGAUGAAGCAGACAAACUCCUGCAGGAGUUCCAGGAUGCUCAAGUGGAGAGAGUCGGCUCCAGACCAUCAUCCAACCUGUCCUCCCUCUCUAAUGCCUCAGAGAGGGACCAGCAUCAUCUAGGGAGCCCAUCACACCUGGGCGUUGGGGACCAGUCUGAAAUGGUUCCUGAUCCCUACGAGUUUCUGCAAUCUCCGGAGCCAGAGAGCACAUCCAACAGCUGACCACACACACUUCCAGUUUGUUAUCCUGGUGUUAACAGCACUGGGUACUCAGUCUUGGGUUAAUUUUAACACUGCGGACACUGCAAGAGACCUGUUUUAAAGACUGAAUAUGAAUGUACAGGAUGUUUGUAUCGUAAUUGUAUGUUUUUUUAUUAGUGAAACAAAUGAAAAAUAAAUGCUUGCACCUGUAUUUAUAAA